AUAUGGUGUAAAUGUACUGUAAUGAAAGAUGGAUUAAACGCCAGUAUAAGUUUGGUUAAUCCGCUGCUCCUAAAAUACAUAUAAUCGUGUAUCCCUGAAUCUGAUUAUGAACACUGGUUACCAUGGUAACCGAGAGUAACGAACUUGUAAAUAAAUAGUAAGAUAUCCCUAAGUAAAUAAUAUUUAUUAAAUAUGUUUAGAGGUGAUAAUCCACACUCCUUAAGCUAUGAACAGCAAGCUAAGUUUAUUCAAGAUCGCAUAACUAAUGUUGAAAAGAACUUUGGGGACCUUUGUGUCGCUUUUGGUGACUAUGCGAGAAAGACAGCAAGAUUAAGAGAUAUGGGUGAUGAGCUCGUUAAAGUUUUAAAAGAUUACGCAAAUAAUGAGAUCGUUAACAAAUCAUUAAGUAGCGGCCUAGAAAACCUAUCCACGACUUUAACAGCGCUCGAAGAGUAUCGUAACUGCGAAGUACAACGACUGGAGGCGAAGGUAAUUGGAGAAUUAUGCCAAUACGAAACGAUUUGCAAACAUGCCAGGGAAGAGUUAAAGCACACAAUGAACGUACGUGAGAAAGAGCUAGCACGCAAGAAAGUACUCGACAAAGCCAGGGAGAGGCAACCUUUUAACAGGCAGCAAGUUACAUAUGCUGAAUCUGAAUUACUGAAGGCGUCGGCAGAAAUGUCGAGAACUGCCAAGGGUCUCAGUGAGCAGACGGAGUUUUUCGAACGACGCAAGCUGCAACAACUAAAGACUCUGCUUUCGGACUUUGUUAUGAUCGAAAUGACGUUCCACGCGAAGGCAGUGGAACUGCUUACAGUUGCUCAUCAACAAAUAAACGACAUUAACGAUAAAUCCGAUCUGGAGAACUUCAAGCGAAAGUUGCGCUCGCCAGAGAAACAAGUAAAUCCAGGAAUGUCUGCCAGGUCUUCAUCCUUAGCUUCGCUUAUGAACCAGCACUCUCCCACCAACGAUGAGGACUCUGCGAGCUUGCGUAAAUUAAAGUCUCCUGAAAAAUAUGUUAAUGCGGGAAUAACAAGAUCCGGCUCGUUAUCAGCUCUCAUGAAUAAUUCACCAACAAAAGAUGAAGACGAGACUUCGGAUUCGGAAGAGACUGAGGACGGAGAUUCGUCAGAAGAAACAGAGUCACGUUAAUCUACGAAUACAGUGUUGUUUUAGCUUUCAUUUUAUAAUAAUAAAAUAGGUAAAAUAAAACGCUUGAUGAAUA